AUGGAAAACGACUGGAGAAUUACGCUAUCAAGUCAGGAGCGUUCCAAGUACAUCACUGAUUUAGCUCAGAUCCUGGCGCAGAUCAGUCAAAUCAAUGGUGGGGAUCGGGCUAACUUCAACUUAGAGAAGCUCAAGAAAACAGCGGAGCAGUUUGAGAAAAGCUUGUAUGCCAGUAGCUCGUCUAAAGAGCUGUACCUUGAUUCUAUGCGGAAGCGCAUAGCAGCGAUGGAUGCGGCUAAGAAGAAGGCGAUCGUUAGUGUGCAACAAAAAAAUGCUUCAAUGGUCGCUGCCGGACAACAAGCGCAGCAGCGUCAAUCCCAGUUUGUGGGUAACGCCCCGAUGAACUCGCAAAUGUUUUUCAAUCAGCAGGCACAAGUCAGGCAACAGGCGGCGCAACAGUAUCGAGGCAGCGGGGGCAAUACAGCCAACAAUGGAGCUGUAAACAGACCGCAACUGACUCCGCAGCAGCAGCAACUCAUCAAUGAAAUGAAAAGUGCCGAAAUUCCUCAGGAACUUCUGCAGCGAAUCCCCAAUUUACCACCGGGAACUAAGACAUGGCAGCAGGUUACUGAGCUCGCACAGAAGAAGCGUUUGAGCCAAAAAGAUAUGCAAAUCGCGAAACAGGUUUACCAGAUGCACCAGCAGUUAGUUUUCAAAUCCAAACUUCAACAAGCUAACGCAAACAACCGUAGUGGAGCGCAGCUCUCAAAUAUAUCUCAGCAAGCUUCGAUGGCUGGCAUACAGUCUACACAGCAGCAGCCCAACAUAAGUGGCUUACAACCUCAGCAAAGUCCUCAUCUUCAACAACAACAGCUCCAAAUGCAACAGCAGCUCCAGCACUUGCAACAACAACAACACCAACAACAACAACAACAACAACAACAACAACAACAACAACACCAACAACACCAACAACACCAACAACACCAACAACACCAACAGCAACAACAACAGGUGCAGCAGCAGCAGCAGCAGCAGCAGCAGCAGCAGCAGCAGCAACAACAACAACAAUCACAAUCACAAUCACUGCAGCAGCCGCAACAACUACUGCCGCAGCAGCAACAGCAUGACAAAAUGCCCGGUCAGCAGGCCCAAGCCUCAACACAAGAACCGCCAAACGUUCUCAGUAAACUUAAUCAACUUUUCACACCAGCGGAGCAAAAAGCGCUCUAUGAAAAUGGUAAAAAGCUAAUAGAGGACUUACAGAGAGCCAAUCGUCUUCCAGCGAUGCUGACGCCACAGCAACAAGCUACUUACAUCAAAAAAUACAUCAAUCAAAUGGCACUGAAGAAGUUGCAUGCCCUUCGAAUGUCUCAGCUAUCAGGAUCAAAUGCUAACCUGCAGCAACAACAGCAACAGCCUCAAUCUCAACUACCGCAGCAACCGGCUCAGCAACAGCUUCAACAGCCUCAGCAACAACAAGCGCAACAAGCUAACCAUCAAGUGCCUGGAAGUCAGGGAUCGGGCAUACCUGUAAUGAGUCAGUUUCCACCCAAUGUGCCUAAUCCUAAUGCGUCAGGAACUACGGCUCAGAGAAACCAGCAACGUAAAACAUUUCAAAAUAAUGGCACUCGAUCAAAUGAGGGAGGGGCCAAUGUGAGCCCGGCUAGUAUGCACCUUCGAAUGAAUUCCAUUCCAGGUAGUUCUAGCGUCCCCCCUGCAUCUGCAAAGGCACCACCCUCGCAACCAAAGAUCUCCUUACCCAGGCCAACUGAACAGGAUCUACUUGUGCUACGAAAAAUAUCAGCAGAGGUCCAAAAAUCUCAUCUUCGGCUCACAAACAUCACAAAUCAAUUAAGUCAAGACCAGCGUCAAGCCAUCAAAAACAAACUUCAGCUCAGUCGCCAACUUUUCACUAAUGUUGAUAACUUCAUUCCUACCCUUUACAUGAUUACCAGAAAUGAAGAGAACGUCCGCCAGCUCCUGCAGAUACGGAUGCUGGCCAAGGAAAUCAUUGAGCAUGCUUCUAGAGGAGUUUUCAUUGUCCCUGCAGAAGUAGUUGACAAAGUUAUCUUGCGAUAUCAGAAAUAUUAUGAAUUCAUCAAGGACCAAGUGCUAAGGCGUCAUCAACAGAUUUUAGCGGCACGGCAGCAGCAAAUGCAGCAGCAACCUCAGCAGCAGCAGCAACAGCCACAAAUCCAAACCCAGCAGCAGCCUUUACAACAGCCUCUCAUGGUGCCACCAUCAGAUUCAACUUUUAAUCAGCAACGCAUCCAAGGUUCAUUCCAGCAAAUCCAGCAGCAAAUGCAAAUGCGGCAGCAGAUGCAGCAACAGAUGCAACAACAAAUCCAACAUCAAAUGCAGCAGAAACCUCAAGGAUCGCCUCACUUAGAUUCCGGAAGGUUAAACAACGAAGGCAUUCAAGGAGUCAACAAUGGAUAUGAGGCUUCAGCUAUGAAAGUUCUUCCCAACGGGCCCGACGCUGUGGGAUCCCUUGGCAACGGUUCCGGUGCAGGUAUAGAGUUUUUGAAUUCUCCAGACCUUGGUGGUGCCAACCCUUCACCUCAGCAAGUGUCCCCUGCAAAACUGGCUGCUGCUGGCGCAAGGAAAAAAGCCGGUAAAAAAGUUGGUCAAGCCGCUUCUGCUGGCCAAUUGAGCUCGGCGCAAAAUUCACCUAAUCCAGCUGCUGCUCAAGGUGCCAGCAGGACUAGCACCCCCAAUUUGAUGCCUGGCGCUGCGCCGUUGGUCAGUAAGCAAGGCUGGAGCCAGAACCAGAGCCCAUCUCCCAAAUCGGCCCCGGCAGGAGUGUCGCCUUUACAUGAAAAUCCUUUCAAAGAGGAUGAGGACCAUUUGCGGAAACUUAUGGGCAAGAGGGGUGAAGUUGUUACUCGCUUCCGUUUGAGACAGGAAAUUUUUGAUCAUUCUCCUGCAGAUUUCUUCUUGUCCUCCUUGGCUGAUUGUCUUGGAUUAAAAGAGGACUCUUUUGAUCUAAUUGACACUAUACCUAAUGAAACCGUCGAAUUAUUCAACCGAGCUGCAAAGAAGAAGAAUGCAAGGGGUGGACAGCGUACUAGGGAAGUUGAUCACUCGCAAGCGUCGAUUGAGAACAAUAAAGUUUCCUUCUCAAACAAGAUAGAACCAUCGCUGCUGGCUAUUCCUUUAUCAGAUAUUGCAAGUGUAUUCAGAGAUGUCUAUGGAACUACUGAUGUGACUUCUUUCUCUUUCAAACCUACUGCCGCGGGCGAAAACUCGAGGAAACGAAAAUUGACAGACGUGGAAUCUAGCCCAAACAUUUCUCCGGCUUCGUCUGCCCUAAUGAGUGAUUCCAAGAAAAUCAAGGUUGAUUCCCCGGAGGAUCUCUUCGUCGCUCCUCCUUCGGAAGGUUUUAAUAAAGCUACUAGUUUGCCAGAUCACAGUUCAACUAUCUGGAAUUGGUCUUUCUGGUCGAACUAA